GAUUCACCUGAGUACUAAUGCAACGUCAGCACAGCGUCAGCUGGUUGGGCACCCUCAAGCACGCUUGCUAGCGUGUAUCCGAGUAACGUGAAUCGGGAUUCAGUUGUAACGCCUCUUGCGACUCAGCAGCUAGUCCAGUAUUGCACCGUCGCUUUGAAUUUCAUAGCGGGACGCAAAAGAAUGCCGGAGCCCAAGGUGCGGGUGACACUUGUCAUGUUGGUGGACUGCUGGUGCCAGUGGCUAUUGGCGGGCUUUGGACACCAGAACUUGGGGUCGAACUCCUUGGGGCUUUUGACAGGUGAAAUGCGGAUUAACCAAGUUUUGGCACAGGACAUGUCCUCCAUUCUUUCAGUAUCUCUGCGUGCUGCUGGCUCACAGAAUGGCUCCCGCCGUCUCUGCUCUGCUCAGCCUCUCGAGCGACGUCGUCAACCAGAUCCUGCAUCGCUUGAACAGCGAUGGCCGCCGGCAGAUGCUGUGCGUGUCGCGGGCAAUGCGCGAUGCUGUCCAGGAGUCCUUUCCACGGACGCGCAUUCAGGCCAAUGAGCUCGAUUCCCAGCUAGAGAUUGACACUUUGGUGCGACACCUGGCAGCGCGCAAGGGGGCCACUGUCAAGGAACUAGAGCUGGGGAGCAGAAUUGCGAGCAGCUCCACAAUCCUAGCCAGCCUGGGACGAAUGGUGGCGCCGUAUCAAGGCACGUUGGCGCGCCUGAAGCUCUACAUUCCGGAGAUGGAGGCGACCGACAUAGUACUGCUCUCGUGUGUCCUGGUGGGGUACUCGGAACUAGAGGAGGUGGUUUUGGAGGGAAAGAAGCUCAACAUGGUGCAAAGGCUGUGGGUGGACCGCCAGGCAGGCGUCCAGGAGACAAAGCACGUGGCGAUGUUCCCCUUUGCGAAGCUGGUCUUUGACUUUCCCCUCAUCUCCAGAAGCCAGGACAGCACCCUGUCAAUCUGUACAAUGGGGUCCUGGGGGGACAUUCUGACCCAGGAGGCGCCCCCCCCCUCUGCGGCGAGCGCCCCUGCCAAGCUGGAGUUCUUUGUCAAGCAGGCGAUGCAGAGCGAGGCGCACGGUGUGGAGGCCAGGCGCUGUGUGUUCCCCUCUGAGCUGAUCCCUGGUGUCAGCAACCUGCGGACGUGUCACUUUGUGGGGGACUUUGCGACUCGGUACCUGCGGUCGGAGACGCUCCAGGAGCUGGUGAUCAAGCUGCCUGUACGAGGGAAGGAUGUCAGCUUGCGAGUCCCUAGUCUACGGGUGUUGGACUGUGCGGGGGGAGCCGGUUUGUUCCUAAAGGCACACAGCUUGGAAGAGGUGACGGUGCGGGGGCCUAUGGGGUUUCUAGGGGGGUUAGAGGGUUGCAGUUUGAAGAAACUGGUAUUGGGAAAGAGCGACACUCUCUGGUCAUGUACUGACAUGCUGAAAAUUCUGCUUUGCGUACCCUCGGUAGAGACAACAGAGUUGUUAACCAGGGUGGUUAGCGAACCGGGGAAGAGUUUCUUGAGCUCCCUGCGCGUGUUCUCUCUCCGGCACGCGGUGAAGCAUCUAGUCUUCGGGGAGAGCGUCGUAGACAUCAUGAUGGGAGAAUUCAAUGCGGGGUAUGGUACAAGGGUGCGCUUUCAGGAGGCGCUCUCUCUGAGCAGUUUGAGAAGCGUUGUUCUGAACAUGGAAUACACAGGGAGGAUCAGCGAGUUCUUGCUAGCAGUGAGGGACGUUGUACAGAAGCUCACGGUUGUCAAGCACGGCAGCAAGCUGGAUUUGAAUGAAUUGGAUAGGUUGAGAAAGGUGUUUAAAAGGAUUAGUACGCAGGUCGAGGCCUGCCAACGGUGCUUGAUCGAAAAGAGCUGCUGCUGACAAAGAUGUGUAAGCCUGACCCGUCUUUGUCCUGUAACCUUGUAGUAGAUAUGUAGACAAGUAGACAUGCAUUGCAUACGUUCUUGCUAGCAUUUUGAAAAGGAUGUUGUACAGAACGGAAGCAAGCUGGAUUUCUAACAAUUGGAGAGGCUGAGAAGAAAUCUGAGAGGAAUGGUACGCAGGUUGAGGUGCUUGAAUAGAAAUAGCGCAUGCUGCUGACAAAGAGGUGCCAGCUUUGUACCGUAAGCUUGUAAUAGGCAUGUAGUCGUAAAGACUGGCAAGGAAAGACACGCGGUUUGAGUCCUUCGAAGAUCGUCAAAGACUGGAUCCCGGAACAUGCAUCAAGCUAGCUAGAUAUAAGAUGAAGAUCAACGGUUAGGUACCUAACAUGAAGAUCUAAACUAAAGUGCAU